AUGAUUCCCGCCAAAGACCUUCUGACCGUGCGCCAACUGCUGUGGCCCCACCUCGCCGAGCGCAUUCCCGCGUCAGAAAGAGAGGAGGUUAGACUACCGCGCACCGCACGGCGAUGCAGAAGUUGGUGCUUGCGGACGCGGCUGCUGCAGAUGCGUGCCCUUCCUUUGGGCGCGCUAGCAUUCCCUUUGGAACUCGGCCACUUACCCCAAGAGCGAAGCCAGGCCCGCAAAAACACGAACUGCAACACCGCGGUGCCCGAAUUGAGAAGCCAGGCUGCUGCGAAAUCGCGGUGCCCAGAAUCAGACCGACCGAAAGUUCAGCGUCAAGACUUAAGGCCCAGGAAAUCAAGUUGCUCCCUCGGGCUUGAUGUUGGCUGGUGGGUUUGUCAGGUGAAGUCCGUUGUGGGGAGUAUGUGCAUAGAGGAGAACGAGGCCCUCUUUGAGGAGGCCUCCGCACUGGGGGCGGUGCUGGAUGGGCUGCGGCGCGAGAGGGGCGGCGAUUCGCCGGAGGAGCAGGGGCUGACCAGCGCGGGGCGGUCACUGGUGGAGGAGGAGCUUUGGAUGCUUGUGCACAAGUUGCAAGAAUGCACCCAGUCAGAAGGAGCAGCACUGGAGGCCUUGCUUCCCAGGGAGACGCCGCAGGAUGAGGAUGUUGCAUUGUACAUCAGUGCCAGAGCUAGCAGCCACGCUUCGGAAUGUUCCUCUUCACGUCCUUCCACUGCCUCUGCACCUGCUCUGGACCUCAAAGCAGCUGUGGAAACCCUCAGGUCAGAUCUGCACAUAUCUGCGAUUGACAGCGUGGUGGGCAGGAUUCGGCAGCACUUAGCAGUGGAAAAGGAAGCCCUCAUGAAAGACAUCCAGUGUUUGCAGGCAUGCCUUGAAGAAGAAACUGAAUUGCGCGAUGGGCUCCCCACGUCACGCCCAUCCGAGCGGUCUUUGAAGGCAUACACUGCGAAGAUUAGAAAUGUUUGGAUGCUGGAAGAGGCGCGUAGUGACCGAUCCAAAAAAAUCGAAGCAGCGCUGAAGGCGCCUACUGAUCAGGCGCAUGGCGCGGUGGGCAGGCUGCGAUCACUUGUGGCGGUCAGUCGGUCAACAGGCCUGCCUGAGCGCAGCCCUCUGACAUCGGUUCGUAGAUUGCGAAAAUUUGGUUCAGCUUCAGAAAUUAGUGAUCCCCGGAAAGGCGUGCGUUGA